GUGGAUUUGCUUAAUUUGUAAAAUUUUGCCAUUUAAAAACGGACACCAAUACAACCGUGCAUUGUUUAUUUUUAAAAAAUUGCCAACAUGCACGCAGGAACGACAAGAAAACAGUUUCCAGAUUUCUUUACUACCAAAGGACCCAUUCAGAUCAACGUAAUGCCUCUGAAAAUGAAAAACAAUAUAUACUGGAUGUCCGUAGUGUUAAAUGAGGAUGAAGCCAACGGUUACCAACAACCCCAUCUAAAAUCUUACGACGAUAACGAAGAAGGCUUACUAGAUUGCGGCGACAUUGAAGACAGCUACGAUAUAAAUUUAACAAAGUCCGGCAAAUUUAUGUCUUCAUUUUAUGUGCCCUCUUCCUUACUGUCUUAUGUAAUCGGCGCAAAAGGUGUUAGAUUGAAGGGUUUGCAAAGAAGUACAAACACGUUAAUAAAAGUACCUAAACUUAAUGAAAAAGGCGAAGUUAAAAUCACGGGAGACACUGAGAGAAACGUGGCCUCGGCUCGAACUCAGUUAUCUAUGAUCGUCAUGAAGCAAAAGGAUAAGCUACCGAUUAGUCAUUUUGUUUCGAUACCCAUGGUUUCGGAUAAAGUAAAGGAGAAAUUAAUGGAGUUUCAAGACAGGAUACUUCGCCAACCUCCUAAAGGGGUAACGCCGUCAAUUUUUCAGAAACCUGAAAAGUUGCACUUGACUAUUUGUACCCUAACGUUGGUGGACGAUGAAGAAAUUAAAGCCGCCAAAGAGGUGUUGCAACAGUGUUAUGAUGAAAUAAUUUCUACUUAUUUUAAUAAAAAUGAAAAACUCAAAAUUGCCCUACAGGGGCUUGAAAUUAUGAACGACGAUCCUUCGGAAGUUAACGUCCUUUAUGGUAUUGUUGAAAUGGCCGACAGCAGUCAAAGAGAAAAGUUGCAAGAAAUUGCCGAUAAGAUAGCGGAAUACUAUUACAAGUCUGGUUUGGCAAGGAGGCAGUAUGAUAGAGUUAAACUGCAUGUAACGCUGAUGAACACUAGAUUCAGAAAUGCAGAUGAAAAACCUGAAACUUUUGAUGCGAGACAGAUAUUAGCACAAUUUCGGAAUUAUUGUUUUGGAUCUGUAGAUUUUAGUAAUAUUCACUUAUCUGUUAGAUUUACCACUGGGGAAGAUAAUUAUUAUGAACCUGCUAUGAUAAUAAACCUAUAAAUAAAU